AUGCCGUCGUAUCUACUCCCCACUUCAAACGGAGUCGAUUGGUCUAAUGAACAGCCUCCAAGCUAUGAUGUGCCAAAUUCUAGACAAAUUUUGCGUAUCUGUGUCAACUUGAAGUACCUGAUUGAUAAAGUGGUGCCCAUACUCUACGACGAUAAACUUAUCAUGUGUGAUCAUUCGCGAAUCUUGAACAUGAACGUUCUCAACUUAGCCAGAGAAGCUUGUGGCGGCAAUAAAGACGAUACCAAGUCUCUCCACAAGUAUCAAUCGGUGGUGGUUUUCUCACUUUUGAAAGUUUGCAGUUGGAACUGGGAACUAGCCGCAGCAGAAUUGCACAAUGCAGAACUCUAUUCUUUGAGAGCUUCAGCCGCACAACAGUUGUGCAAGCUGAUCAUCGAACAAGAAGAGACGCGUGACGCCCAGUUUCUGUUUAUCCAAAUGCUUUGUCGUCGGUAUGUGAUCAACGAAAAUGACGAGGAUUCCGUGGCCCAAAAUGCCCUAGAGCUUGCGAUGGAUAUGCACUGCACCACCGUCAUCGGCUCCAGUGGCUACCAGAGGUGUCUAAAGUGGCUUUGGCGAGGUUGGAUUAUCCAAAACAGAUACGAUAACAAGUCCUACGUUGUUUGCGACUCGGUCUCUUCUCCAAAAUUCAUGAAGCACUUUCAUCCUGACCGUUUGAAAACUCCGAUGUACCAAAAUUUUAUCAACAUCAUAUUUUCCUUCGUGUUUCUUGUGCUCUACACAAUCGUGGUCAAUGGAAAGGACUCUCAAGCGGUGCAGAAGAUAGACUUUUUAGAAGGUGUGUUUUACUUCUUUACGCUGGGAAGCGUUUUCGAUGAAAUCUCCAAGUGCUACCAUGUUGGCUGGUCAUAUAUUGGGUUCUGGAACUCUUUCAAUGACACCAUGUACUUUAUCAUUUCAUCUUCGAUGAUUUUGAGAGUGAUCAGUGUUAGCCCCAUACAAACGCACUACCCAGCAGAGUACUGGGAUAAGAUAUCUUAUCGGAUUCUUUCUUGUGCGGCGCCGAUGGUUUGGACUCGACUCCUGCUCUACUUGGAGUCAAGGCGUUUUGUUGGGGCCCUUCUCGUUGUACUCAAACACAUGAUGCAAGAAUCGAUCGUCUUCUUUUUCUUACUUCUUCUGAUCGUCCUUGGGUUUUUGCAGGGCUUCAUCGGGCUGGAUUCUUCCGACGGUAAUCGUGAGAUUACUUGGCCUACUGUUUCCAACCUACUGCGAACGGUAUUAGGCGCUGGUAGCUUUGACAUGUUUGACGACUUUGCCCCACCCUUCGCAUCGAUUCUUUACUACUCCUACUCUUUUGUCGUUUCCGUCAUCCUACUAAACAUCCUCAUUGCUUUGUACAGUACCGCAUAUCAAAAAGUCAUCGACAAUUCCGUUGACGAAUACAUGGCUUUGAUGGCUCAAAAAACCUUGCGUUAUAUCAGAGCCCCAGACGAGGAAGUUUACGUUCCGCCCUUGAAUUUAGUGGAAGGCGCUCUUACUCCCUUUUUGCAAUUGCUACCUCGUAAAACGGCUAAAAUGGUUAGCACAACUGUGCUGACGGUCCUGUACUUUCCCAUGUUGGUGGUCGUUGCCGUUAAAGAGGUAAGGGAAGCAAAGCGGGUGGUUUACAACAGAAUGAAAAAGCUAGAAGAUGAUGCCAAUGAAUCAGAUGUGGCUUGGGACCUCACCGACGGAUAUGUUGAUGAUGCAGACGGCUGGAUCCCACGCGGGAACACAUCUGGUAUUGCGGCUACUCAAAAGAAGAACAAAAGAACGCUGAAACUGCAAAAAGAAGCCGAACGUGCUGAUCCAGAUUUCAGAGUCAAGCCCGAAUGGUUCAAGAGUGUCAAAUGCAGUGUCCAGCCCGUUGAUAGUGGGUUCAGAUCGGGAAUUGGCUGGGAAUCUUACGACUUAUACCGCGAAAUUACCAAACAGCGGGAGGUUUCGGACAAACAAACGGAAAUGAUCGAGACUUUGACCAAAAUGGUCAAAGAUCUGUCCAUUCGCUUAGAUUUUCAAGAGAAAUAA